CCCCAAACUCUUUACCAGCAAGCUUCCACAAUAGCAAUUGACACAGCGUUGGCGUCAGCAGCAAACAUAUUGGCUCAUACUCGUUUACCUAGGUGGGUAAGGUGGUUUCCAUCUGAUUUUCCCUUCCUUAAAUUGAAUACAGAUGGGGCGAUGAACCAUUCCUCUGGAAGAGCCAGUGCUAGUAUCUGUGAUCAUGGAGGACGGUGGCUGCAUGGUUUUGCCAUCAACAUUGGACCACAAUCUAGUUUCAUGGCAGAGCUUUGGGGUUGCCGCACGGGCCUUCAGUUAGCCUCUGAUCUCAGAAUUUCUCAUUUGGUCCUUAAGAUGGACUCUCUUUUAGCAGCACAGAUGAUACAAGCGAGGAAAGCUGGAGAUGGCUUAGCUUCUGUGCUACUGUCAGACAUUUUCCAUCUAUUAAACUCCUUCAAGGUUUGCACAGUCCAACACACUUUAAGGGAAGGGAAUUCGGCAACAGAUUUUAUGGCCUCCAUUGGCCAGAAUCUUACUCAAGGCACCACAUUCUUUCCAAAUCCACCAGUGGGUAUUGGGAGCAUUCUCCAUGGAGACAGUAUAGGAACUUUGUUCCUUAUGACUUAGCUUUAUUUAGCUUCUUAUGUAUCAAAAAAAUAAUAAUAAACUCACUUUGAAAAAGACAAAAACAACAUAUUCUUAAAGUAGGAAUGAAAGUGCUUUGAUUUU